AUGGAAUCACCGUCGAUGUUAGCACCGACUGUAAAUGUCGUUCGUCGAAGAUCGUCAUUGCCAUUCGUUCAUCAUUUUUAUAUUCUUUUAAAAGCACAUUAUUUUCUGUAUUUUUCGGCAUUUGGUAUACUUUAUCCAGUAAUGAAUAUUACAUUACGUGGCCGUGGUUUAUCAACAACUGAAUUAUCAUAUAUAAAUAUAAUAAUUCCAUUCUUAGUCUUUUUUACAAAUCCAUUGCUGGGCUUUAUUGCUGAUCAUUCACGCCGUUAUUUAUCAACAUUUAAUAUUAUUCUUGUAAUUAUUACGAUCACAUUUGCUGUUCAGUUCGUCUUACCUUCAGUCAAGUCACGUAAUAUAGAGGCUGAAUUGGUUGAGAUGCAUUAUGCUGAUAAACAUUCAUACAAAUUGAAUUUUUGUGCUAGUCAAGAAGUAGCAACAAAAUGUGCGUCAAGAUCUCAAUGCGGUUGUUCAUAUCAAGCAAAUUGCACUUUUCAUGAUUCGAUUAAUGCUGAAGAUUUCAAUCAAACGCAGAAGUUUUCUCUGAAAUUUACUAUGAAUGCAACGGAUUUCACCAUCAAGAAAAACGAGUUAAGCGAUUUGAGUGAACUACAAGCAUGUGGAAUUAAUUACCAGGUAUCUGUUAAUCCACCUCUGAACAAACGCACUCCAAGUGAGAGUUUAGAUCAGACUACGUCUGCCUUGGGCCCAACUAAAUUAGCUGUUUGUGAAGUCACUUGUUCAAUAGCACAUUUUUGUCACGGAUCACGUUAUCCCAAUCAGAUGGGCUACAUUCUUGUCUAUUCACUGUUGUUUGUUCUUGGAGCAAGCCUUCUGCAAAACGCUAUUGCAUUAGGUGCGUCGAUUGGUUUUGCUACUAUCGAUCGUCCUGAAAUCUUUGGACAACAACGUAUUUAUGGUACGAUUGGUUUCGGUGCUGCAGCAUUUGGUGCUAGUCGUGUCUAUGAAUGGCUUCAAACCGAAUAUGUUUAUAUAAUUAUGUUUUGUAUUGCAAAUGUUUUGUGCAUUUUUGUGACAAGUUUCAUUCGUAUUGAACCCGAAAAGUUAAAUGACGGUACUGCAGUGGGUGAAAAUAUUGUUGACGACGACGAUGACGACGAAAUCAAUGAUCCGUCUACGAAGAAAGAUAAAAAACCGAAGAAGAAAAGUUCUCUAUUUGCAUUAUCAAAACUUGUUGUCCUAUUGAAAAGAGGGGAUGUUAUUAUUUUUCUAAUUCUUUCAUUUGCCUGGGGCAUGUCUUAUGCUGCUUUGGAUCCGUAUUUAUAUUUAUAUAUCGAUGAAAUAGAACCAUGUAAAUCCCGAUCAAUUGUUGGUCUGAUGUCAUUAGUAUCAUCCAUAGCUGAAGUUUCUGCUCUUUAUGUUGCGGGCAGAGUGCUUAAAUUUUUGGGUACAAAUGUAGCAUCAAUAAUUAUUUUUCUGGCAUUUGCUGUACGAUUCAGUGGCUAUUAUUUCAUUACAGCACCUUAUUAUUUUAUCUGUAUGGAAUCGAUGCAUUUUUUUAAUUUUGGAAUUCUUUAUGUUUUAAUGACUGAAAAAGCUGAUUCAAUUGCGCCUGAUGGCCUAUCUGGUACUCUUCAGGGUGUUGCACUUGGAGUUUCGUUUGGUUUAGGUCGAGGUGCUGGUUUGCUAGCUGCAUCAUUUAUUUAUGCAUUUACUCAACAGCCUACUCUUUUUCUCGUAUUUGCCUUAUUUAAUUUAAUCGCUGCCAUCAUCUAUAUUCUCGGUUAUUUUAUUGGCUGGCAAAGCUCGAAAAAGAAUGAGAAUGAUAGGAAUGCAAAUAAAGGAAAAAUUAUGAUUCAAUCAGAUACACCAUUGAAUGAAGAACCAUUUUUGUUAACGUCAAAAGCAGACAAACAAACCAGUGGUUGUCCUGGCAGUGGUAAGACCACAGUAAGUCGUCUUAUUCAGAAUACAAAACAUGAGACAUGGCCUAUGAUUGAUUUUGGUUGUCUACGCGUAUUUCAUUUAAAUCGUGAAUGGACAAAUCAAAAUGAUGACGAAGAACAAAUGUCAUUUGAAAAUUUAAUUUUUAUUUUAAAAAAUUAUCAUCGAUAUUCUUAUCAGAAUAUUUUAAUUAAUGAUCUAACUGAUAAACGUCUUGGAGAUUUAUCAAACUAUUUAUCUCAUGAUGAAUAUAAUUAUUUAAUUAUUACGUUAGUUGUUAACGAUUCUAAUAUAUUGUCAACACGAAUAUUAAAUCCAGAUCGUGAUAGUGGUUGGCGAAAUGUGCACCGAUCGAUUGAAUGGAAUAACCAAAUAAACGAACGAAAAACUUAUAAAAACGAAUUUAUUUUAAAUACUACAUAUCAAACAAAAGAAGAAACAAUGGUUGAAAUUUUCAAAAUCUAUGAAAAAUUUCGCUUGAAUAAAUAA